CAUUACCUAGUGACAUCUCUAAAAGAAAACCUGGUAGAAACAUCGAAACAUUCGGUAUGAGAUACGAGGGUCAAUUUGCAGCAAGAGUAGCACAAUUGAAAGCGAUCACUGACAGUUAUAAGAAAUUAUUCGCUGCUUUCGAUAAAGAAGCACCAAUUGCUGCCAAGAAGGAUAAUUUAAAAGAAGUUCCACAAUCUCUUAUAGGAAUAAGAAAUGGACAAUAUAAAAGUUUAGAUUCCAUAAAAAUUACCAUUGGAAAAAUGGACGAGCAAAUCCAUCAUAUGAAAAAAACCUUGAAACAUUAA